UUGUAUUCACCUGAAUUACACUCCAGGGAUACUCUUUCAAAACCGAAAGUAAAAAAGAUCCCAAUAAAAUCCAAAAUAUCAAGACGAAUUUUGAAGAUACCAUAAACAUCACAUUACAGUGUGAAGUCAGUUUGUCAUCAUGGAGAACAGAGAGAGCAGAACAGACAGAUCUCACAGCUGUGUGUCUCUGAAUAGUGUCAGAUCCAAGGAUUGUCCUCUGGUUUUCAGUAAUAAACCAGUGACCUCUGACCCCAGCGGAGCAGAUGGAGAGCGAAGCAUCUCUGGAGGAGUCUCCUCUGUCUUCUGUCUGAACAACACGAGCGUUACAGCGUCUCUGAAUAAACCUGAUCAAGCAGUGAAUGAUGAACUACAGAGAGUCAAAGAGCAGCACAAAACCAGCAUGAAGAACAAGUAUGAGAGAUUAUGUGAGGGACUGAAACUCCAGGGGAAUGAAAGCCUCCUGAACAGCAUCUACACACAGCUCUACAUCAUAGAGGGAGAGAGAGAAGGAGUGAAUGAAGAACAUGAGGUUUUACAGAUGGAGAAAACAGCCAGAACACAACACUCACAAGACACUCCAAUCUACUGCAAUGACAUCUUUAAAGCCUCCACUGAAGCAGGAUCUGAGGAGAAUGAGCAGAUCAAGACUGUUCUUACUAAAGGCAUCGCUGGAAUUGGAAAAACCGUUUCUGUGCAGAAGUUCAUUCUGGACUGGGCCAUGGGAAAAGCCAAUCAGGAUGUAGAUUUCAUGUUUGUGCUUCCAUUUCGAGAGCUGAACUUGAUCCGAGAUCAUCAGUACAGUCUUCACAGACUUCUGCUGGAUUUUCAUCCUGAACUUCAAGAUCUGGACUCACAGAUUUAUGAGGAGUGUAAAGUUGUGUUCAUCUUUGAUGGUCUGGAUGAAAGCAGAAUCACACUGAUGUUUUCAGACGCUCAGAAAGUUUGUGAUGUGACUGAGACUUCAUCAGUGGCUGUGUUGAUGUCAAAGCUCAUGAAAGGAGAGCUGCUUCCCUCUGCUCUCAUCUGGAUCACCUCCAGACCAGCAGCAGCCAAUCAGAUCCCCUCCAAAUACAUCCACCGUCUGACAGAAAUUCAGGGAUUCACUGAGCCUCAGAAGGAGGAAUAUUUCAGGAAGAGAAUCGGUGAUGAGCAUCAAGCCAGCAGAAUCAUCUCACACAUCAGAAGAGCAAGAAGCCUCCACAUCAUGUGCCACAUCCCCGUCUUCUGCUGGAUCUCAUCCACUGUGCUUCAGAAGCUGGAAGAAGAUCUGAGUGCAGAAAUCCCUCAAACUCUGACUGAAAUGUACAUCCACUUCCUGCUGAUUCAGAUCAACAUGAGGAAGCAGAAGUAUGAAGAGAGAGAUCCAGAGAAACUCCUGCCGUCCAACAGAGAAGUGAUUGUGAAACUUGCUGAAGUGGCUUUCAAACAGUUGAUGAAGGGCAAUGUGAUGUUCUAUGAGGAGGACCUUAUUAAGACUGGGAUAGACGUCACUGACGCCUCAGUGUAUUCUGGGAUUUGUACUGAGAUCUUUAAGCAGGAAUCUGUGAUUCAUCAGAGGAAAGUUUACAGCUUCAUUCAUCUGAGUGUUCAGGAGUUUCUCGCUGCUUUCUAUGUGUUUUACAACCACAUUAGGAGCACUACAGAAGCAUGUUUUGAUUCACUGCAUGAUUUGUACAAAAGAGUAAUUAGUAAAGCUCUUGAGAGUGAGAAUGGUCAUCUAGAUCUGUUCGUGCGGUUCCUGAUGGGCAUCUCAAUGGAGUCCAAUCAGAGACUCUUACAGGAUCUACUGACACACACAGAGAACAGCUCAGAGAGCAUCAGGAGAACCACACAGUACAUUAAACACAGGAUCAAGAGUCUAAAUGAUAAUGAUGAGCUGUAUGUAAAUGAAAUUAAUGAGCAACAUGAACAAGUUAAAAAACAUCUCUCAGUUGGUCAAUCCAUCAAUCUGUUCCUCUGUCUGCUGGAAGUGAAAGAUCAGACUCUGUCCAGAGAGAUUCAGGAGUUUGUGAAAUCAGACAAACACUCAGAGAAACUAUCUCCUGCUCAGUGCUCAACAAUCUCCUACAUGCUUCAGAUGUCAGAGGAGAAGCUGGAUGAGCUGGACCUCAAGAAAUAUAACACAUCAGAUGAGGGGAGAAGAAGACUGAUACCAGCUGUGAUCAACUGCAGAAAAGCUCUUCUUUAUGGCUGUAAUCUCACUGAACAGUGUUGUGAGUGUUUGUCAUCAGCUCUUCAAACCUCAAACUGUGUCCUGAGAGAGCUGGAUCUGAGUAACAAUCACCUGUGGGAUUCAGGAGUGAAGCUGCUCUCUGGUGGACUGAAGAAUCCAAGUCAGUUGCAUAAACUAAGUCUUGCUGGCUGUAAUCUCACUGCUCAGUGUUGUGAGAGUUUGUCAUCAGCUCUAAAAUCCUCAAACUGUUUCCUGAGAGAGCUGGAUCUGAGUAACAAUGACCUGCAGGACUCUGGUGUAAAGUUUAUUUCUGACGGAUUGAAGAGUCCAGACUGUCAGCUGCAGAUACUGAGGAUGUCUGGCUGUAUGAUGUCAGAGGAAGGCUGUGGUUAUUUGUCUUCAGCUCUGAGUUCAAACCCCUCACACCUGAGAGAGCUGGAUCUGAGCUACAAUCACCCAGGACCAUCAGGAGUCCAGCUGCUCAACCACAAACUGCAGGAUCCAAACUAUACACUGAAGAAACUAAAUGUGGAUCAUGGAAGAGAGAUCAGGAUGACGGCAGGACUACGGAAGUAUGCCUGUUAUCUCACACUGGAUCCAAACACAGCGAACCCUCGACUCAUUCUGUCUGAUGAGAACAGGAAAACCACACAUGUGAAAGAUCAUCAGCCGUAUCCUGAUCAUCCAGAGAGAUUUGAUGUUCCUCAGGUUCUGUGUGUGGAGAGUCUAACUGGACGCUGUUACUGGGAGACUGAAUGGAACGGAUUUGCUGAAAUAUCAGUGACAUAUAAAGUGAUUGGCAGAAAAGGACCAAAACAUGACUGUUGGUUUGGAAACGGUGACAAAUCCUGGAGUCUGUACUGCAGUCCUGAAAGUUUCACUGUCCGUCACAAUAAUAACGGCACUGAUUUACCUGCUGUCUAUCCAUCCAUUAAUAGAGUAGGGGUGUAUGUGGAUGUGUCUGCUGGUGUUCUGUCCUUCUACAGUGUCUCUGACACACACACACUCACACACUUACACACAUUCAACACCACAUUCACUGAACCCCUCUACGCUGGAUUUAAGGUUUAUUUGAAUUCUUCUGUGUCUCUGUGUGCGAUUACAAAGUAGACAUGUCCAAAAGCAAACAAAAGUUGCAGUUUUCUAUACAAUGUUUGAGUUGCAGUGCUUAUCACAUAUUGUAUGUGAAUUCCGGUAUCAAUUCAGACAGCACUAGCAUAUCAUUGUUUACUAUAG